AUGAACUGCAAAGGACAAGACAGAGUCUUUGUGGUUGGCUCAGUGACUUCCUGGGUCUACAGACCCCUUUUAGCCACUAGCAAAUGUCAAAACUCUUCUUUGAUGAUUGAAGUGGAAAUCAGGAACAACAACAGGUCUUUUGAGUAUGAAGAUAGCCAGGGAAACCUCCAGAUAGCCACGACUAAAUCCAGAGGUACAAUCAUCGUGGACAACAUGCUCAUCAAAGGGACAGCUGGGGGACCCAAUCCUACCAUUGAACUCUCAUUAAAGGACAACACGGAUUACUGGGUGAUGUUGGAUCCAGUCAAACAGAUGCUUUUCCUAAAUAGCACCGGCAGAGUCCUGGACAGAGAUCUCACACCAGUAGGAACUACCAUAUUCACAGGGUUUUCUGGAGAUAAUGGAGCUACAGACAUAGAUGAUGGCCCCAAUGGACAGAUAGAAUAUGUCAUCCAGUACAAUCCAGAUGAUCCGACCUCCAAUGAUACCUUUGAGAUCCCUCUAAUGUUGACUGGAACAGUUGUAUUGAGGAAGAGACUUAAUUAUGAAGAUAAGACCCGUUAUUAUGUCAUCGUUCAAGCUAACGACAGAGCUCAUAAUCUCAAUGAACGGAGAACAAGUACUACCACACUUACGAUAGAUGUCCUUGAUGGAGAUGAUUUGGGUCCAAUGUUUCUUCCUUGUGUCCUGGUGCCCAAUACUCGAGACUGUCGUCCUCUCACCUACCAAGCGGCCAUACCAGAACUGGAAACACCGGAAGAACUGAACCCCAUCAUUGUCACUCCCCCAAUCCAAGCCAUUGAUCAGGACCGGGACAUCCAACCACCUUCUGAUCGCCCUGGGAUCCUCUUUUCCAUCCUUGUGGGAACUCCGGAAGAAUAUCCCCAGUAUUUCCAUAUGCAUCCAAGGACCGCAGAGCUCAGCCUCCUGCAGCCUGUAAACAGGGAUUUCUACCAGAAAUUUGAUUUGGUGAUUAAGGCAGAACAAGAUAAUGGUCAUCCUCUUCCUGCAUUUGCCAGCCUUCAUAUUGAAAUCUUGGAUGUAAACAACCAGAGCCCUUACUUCACAAUGCCCAGUUAUCAAGGCUAUAUCUUGGAGUCUGCCCCUGUUGGUGCAACCAUCUCAGACAAUCUCAACUUGACCACCCCUCUCAGAAUCGUUGUCUUGGACAAGGAUGUAGAAGAUGUUCCAGAAGGUGGCAUUCCUACAAAAGACCCUGAAGUCCAUCUUUUUCUGAACGACUACACUUCAGUCUUCACUGUGACUCCAUCUGGUAUAACACGUUACCUCACCUUGCUUCAGCCUGUGGACAGGGAAGAACAGCAGUAUUACACCUUCUUGAUGACUGCAUUUGAUGGUGUCCAAGAAAGCAGCCCUGUUACAGUGAACAUCAAGGUGAUCGAUGCGAAUGACAACACUCCAACCUUCCCUGCAAUCUCCUAUGAUGUUUAUGUUUACACAGACAUGAGUCCUGGAGACAGCGUCAUACAGCUCACUGCAGUAGAUGCAGACGAAGGGUCAAAUGGGGAGAUCACGUACAGCAUCCUCGUUGGGGAUAAAGGAGACUUCGUCAUCAAUAAAACCACAGGUCUUGUUACUAUCGCACCAGGAGUAGAAUUGACAGUAGGGCACACCUAUGCCCUCACAGUGCAAGCAGCUGACAAUGCCCCACCAGAAGAAAGAAGGGAUUCCAUUUGCACUGUCUAUAUUGAAGUACUUCCUCCAAAUAACCAGAGCCCUCCUCGCUUCCCACAGCUAAUGUACACACGUGAAGUAAGCGAAGCCUUGAGGAUUGGGGCAGUUUUGUUGAAUCUCCAGGUGUGCCAAGUUGGCCCUGAAUUGGGCCGGGAGACGAGAGAAAUGGAAAUCCCCACAGAAGCCUCUCUACUUCUGGGAUUCUAUAGCUUCCAGGAGCAAGAGGGAAGCAGGAAGAGGAGCACUGGAAUUCUAACUUUGGCAAAAGCACUGGACAGAGAAAGCACAGACCGCUACAUUUUGAUAGUGACUGCACAUGAUGGCAGACCAGAUGGGACUUCAACAGCCACUGUGAACAUUGUAGUGACAGAUGUAAAUGACAACGCUCCAACUUUUGAUCCCUAUCUGCCAAGAAACUUAUCUGUGAUUGAAGAAGAAGCCAAUGCUUAUGUCGGACAAGUCAGGGCCACAGAUCCAGAUGCUGGUAUAAAUGGUCAGGUACAUUAUAGUCUCAGAAAUUUCAACAAUCUUUUUUGGAUCUCUUCCAAUGGGACUAUUUACACAAGAGUCAAGCUCAACCGGGAAGUAAGAGAUUACUAUGAGCUCGUUGUUGUGGCAACAGAUGGAGCUGUGCAUCCUCGGUAUUCUACUUUAACUUUGGCCAUAAGGGUCUUGGAUAUUGAUGACAAUAGCCCUGUUUUCACCAAUUCUACCUACACAGUUGUUGUUGAAGAGAAUCUUCCAGUGGGAACCACCUUCCUUCAAAUAGAGGCAACUGAUGUUGACCUUGGUGCCAUUGUUUCCUACCGGAUUCGAAGCCCAGAAGUGAAACAUUUAUUUGCCCUGCAUCCUUUCACAGGAGAAUUGUCUCUUUUGGAGAGUUUGGAUUAUGAGUCAUUUCCAGAGAAUGAAGCCUACAUCACUUUUCUUGUGGAGGCUUUUGAUAUUGGAGGAACCAUGCCCCCAGGCAUUGCCACUGUCAUGGUGAUAGUAAAGGAUAUGAACGAUUUUCCUCCUGUGUUUUCCAAGCCCCUCUACAAAGGGAUGGUCGCUCCAGAUGCAGUCAAGGGCACGUUGAUCACGACUGUUUUUGCUACAGAUGCUGAUCCUCCGGGGUUACCAGCAAGCCAUGUACGGUACCGAGUGGAAGAUAGACAAUACCCUUACCCAGCGAGCAUAUUUGAUGUAGAAGAAGAUACAGGACGGGUCAUCACUCGAGUGAAUCUCAAUGAAGAACCAACUACAAUAUUUAAGUUGGAAGUUGUUGCUUUUGAUGAUGGGGAACCUGUGAUGUCUGGAAGUGCUACAGUGAAAAUCCUCGUCUUGCAUCCUGGAGAAAUCCCACGCUUCACACAAGAAGAAUAUAGACCACCUCCAGUAAGUGAACUUGCACCCAUUGGGACUCCAGUUGGCGUUAUCAACGCAGCAGCCAUCAAUCAGAGUAUCGUCUAUUCUAUUGUUUCUGGAAAUGAAGACGGCAACUCAGCCAAGGUGUACAUUGAGGUUCAGGAUGAGAACGAUCAUGCUCCGGUCUUUCAGAAAAAGUUGUACAUUGGAGGAGUGUCUGAAGAAGCCCUGAUGUUUUCCUCUGUGCUCAGAGUGAAGGCAACUGAUAAAGAUACUGGUAAUUAUAGUGCCAUGGCAUACAGACUUAUCAUUCCUCCAAUUAAAGAGGGGAAGGAAGGAUUUGUUGUGGAGACAUACACAGGUCUUAUAAAAACUGCCAUGCUGUUCAAAAACAUGAGAAGGUCCUACUUCAAGUUCCAGGCUGUUGCAACGGAUGAUUACGGGAAAGGGCUGAGUGGCAAAGCUAAUGUCCUGGUAUCGGUAGUCAAUCAACUAGACAUGCAAGUCAUUGUUUCCAAUGUGCCUCCAACACUUGUGGAGCAGAACAUCGAAGAACUGACAGAGAUUUUGGAUCGUUAUGUGCAAGAACAGAUUCCUGGUGCCAAAGUUGUGGUGGAAUCCAUCAGUGCCCGACGGUUUGGAGAAGCCUAUUCUCUAGAAGACUAUACCAAGUCUGACCUGGUUGUCUAUGCAAUUGACCCCCAGACUAACAGAGCAAUCAGCAGAAAUGAACUUUUUAAGUUUCUAGAUGGAAAAAUGCUAGAUAUUAAUAAAGACUUCCAGCCAUAUUAUGGCGAAGGAGGACGAAUUUUGGAAAUCCGCACACCGGAUGCAGUGGCAUUGGUUAAGAAACAUGGGCAGUCUUUUGGCUAUACGGAAGGGGCCCUGCUUGCUCUAGCCAUGAUUAUUAUCCUUUGCUGUAUUCCUGCCAUCUUGGUCGUAUUGGUCAGCUACAGACAGUUUAAAAUACGACAAGAAGAAUGCACCAAGACAGCUAAGAUGCAGGCCUUGGCAGCGCCCAAGCCAGCAGCCCCAGCACCACCACCGGCAGCAGCAGCACCUCCACCACCACCACCACCAGCUCCCCCAGGGGGUCCCCAUCUCUAUGAGGAGCUGGGUGGCAGCGCAAUGCAUCAGUAUGAAAUGCCCGAAUAUGGAAGUCGUCGCCGGCUACUGCCUCCUGCUGGUGAGGAGUAUGGAGAAGUGGCAGGAGAAGCUGAAGAAGAAUACUACCCAGAAGAGGAGGAAAGGAAACCUAAGAAACCCAUACCAGAAGUUAUAGAGCCUGGUGUGGAGGAGGUCGAGGUUGAGGUCCCUGUGAUCAUUGAGGGACCAACAGCAGCAGAGACUGCCCGUGUGGCAUGGAAGAGAGCUAAGAUAUUCCCCAUGAUAUAUAAGAAAGUCUGUGAGUUGGCAGGAGAGGAUGAAGAAUGGCGGAGGGAGCUUGGCUUAGAAGACAGAGAUUACCUGACCCUGCGACUGGAGCCAGAUGAAGCUACAGAGAGCACUGUGGAAUCGGAGUCCAGUGAGGAAUCUAGUGAGUACAGUGACUACAGUGAUGAAUCUGAGUGGAGCACCUAUGAGAGCACAACUUCUGAAGAGGAGUCAGAAUCAGAGACCCCAUCAGAAGUAGUGGAGAGCUCUACCCCUGAGUCCGAGUCGGAAUCCACAGAAUCAGAAGGUGAAAAGGCGAGGAAGAACAUUGUGGUUGGCCGGAGGAUAAUUCCUCCAGAGGAAUUGAUCCCCAAACCUAAGAAACGCAGAAAGGAGUCAUCGGAAGAGGAAUCUGAGGAAGAGAAGAUGGAAGAAGCAGAACCAACUGAAGGAGAAGAAAGUGAGCUCGCUGGACCUGAAGAUACUACAGAUGCAGAAGCGCAGGAACUAGAAGGUGGUAAAAGAACUGGAUCAACAGAAGGAAGUAAGGCCAGCGGGGAAGAGUCCGAGUCCAGUGGUAGUAGGAGUAGCAGUAGUGAAGGCCAGAUGGGGGCUGAAGGCUAUGUCACACCCAAUCCUCCAGGGAAGCCAAGAAUACAGAGGGCCCCAGCAGCAGUAGAAGAGGGAGAAGAAGGCUCCUUGGCAGAGGGAGUAGAGGGCCCCCCAGCAGAGGGAGCAGAGGCCCCUCCAGCAAAAGGCAAAGAAGCCGAAGGUUACAACACAGCACUGUAA